CAGCGCCGUCGUCCGGGCGACGGGGCUGGGCCGCGCCGCGGGGCGGGGCCUGCGGGCGGGCCGCCCUCCGCCGCCGUCGCCAGCCGGGCCGCCGCCCUCGCCCCGCGGCGCCGCCCCCGCGCCCGGCAGCCCCGGGCCCGGCGCUCCCCCGCCCGGUGCGGGUCCGGGUCCGGGCCCGGGCUCGGCGCGGCGCGGCCCGCCGCAGGGAGGAUGGGGCAGCGGCGGAGGCCGGCGAACGGCAGCGGCCCGGUGGCGCCAUGACCGGCGAGAAGAAGAAGAAGAAGCGGCUCAACCGCAGCGUCCUCCUGGCCAAGAAGAUCGUCAUCCGGGACGGGGCCGGCCGACAGGGGAUUGGAGAGCCCAGCGUGUACCAUGCCGUGGUGGUUAUUUUCCUGGAGUUCUUUGCCUGGGGGCUGCUGACCACGCCGAUGCUAACGGUGUUACACCAGACUUUUCCUCAGCAUACAUUCUUGAUGAACGGCCUGAUUCAUGGAGUCAAGGGUCUGCUUUCUUUUCUAAGUGCUCCACUGAUUGGUGCUCUCUCUGAUGUCUGGGGCAGGAAAUCCUUCCUCCUCCUCACUGUCUUCUUCACGUGUGCGCCAAUUCCCCUUAUGAAGAUCAGUCCAUGGUGGUAUUUUGCUGUCAUUUCCAUGUCUGGAGUCUUUGCUGUCACCUUUUCCGUGAUUUUUGCCUACGUUGCCGAUAUCACACAGGAGCAUGAACGCAGCACGGCGUAUGGCUUGGUGUCAGCCACGUUUGCUGCUAGUCUGGUCACAAGCCCAGCAAUUGGUGCAUACCUUUCCCAAGCCUACGGUGAUACGUUGGUGGUUGUGCUAGCUUCAGGUGUUGCUUUGCUGGAUAUUGGUUUCAUCCUGCUGGCUGUGCCAGAGUCUCUGCCAGAAGAGAUGCGCCCAGUCUCUUGGGGAGCUCCAAUCUCUUGGGAACAAGCAGACCCAUUCGCUUCCUUGCGGAAAGUGGGUCAGGAUUCUACAGUGCUGCUCAUCUGUAUCACCGUCUUUCUCUCCUACCUUCCUGAAGCUGGCCAGUACUCCAGCUUUUUCCUGUACCUGCGACAGGUCAUUGGUUUUUCCUCAGAGACUGUGGCAGCCUUUAUUGGUGUGGUUGGAAUUCUCUCUAUACUGGCUCAGACAGUAGUGUUGGGAAUUCUCAUGCGUUCGAUAGGAAAUAAAAACACCAUCCUGUUGGGACUGGGCUUCCAGAUCCUGCAGCUUGCCUGGUAUGGCUUCGGAUCGCAGCCUUGGAUGAUGUGGGCAGCAGGAGCUGUGGCUGCCAUGUCUAGCAUCACUUUCCCAGCCAUCAGUGCCAUGGUGUCUAGGAACGCAGACCCCGACCAACAGGGUGUGGUACAGGGGAUGAUCACUGGAAUUCGGGGUCUGUGUAACGGCCUGGGGCCAGCGCUCUAUGGCUUUGUCUUCUAUCUCUUCCACGUGGAGCUGAAUGAAAUGGCUGAGGUGGAAACUUUGGGUAAGGCCUCCAAACCCAACAUGGCCAACCCUACAGAUGAGAGCAGCAUUAUCCCAGGGCCUCCAUUCCUGUUUGGGGCUUGUUCUGUCCUGCUGUCGCUCCUGGUGGCCUUGUUCAUUCCAGAACACAACCUUGCACUGAGAUCAGGCAGCCACAAGAAGCACAGUAAUGGAGCCCAGACCCAUACCCACAGCCCACAGGCCGGAGGAUCAGAUGGCAAGGAGCCCCUGCUCGAGGACAGCAGCGUAUGAGGUUGGGAGAGAAGGACCUGGCUUGCGUCUCAACUCCAGAUCAAGGAUGGACUUAGCCAGUGGGAGUUUGGGGAGAGAGGGGGGGGAGAGAGAAGAAAUGACGUAACAGUCUGUACCACUAUCAGCUAAUGAGAAGGGACAGGGUUUCCCUUCAAGCCAAAUACACCCAGCUGGUGCAAAAAGGGAAUUGUAUCAUCUGGUGCUGAUGGAAAGGGGAGAUACUGAACUGCUCCACAUGAAGGGAUAGUUCUUUAAAGCAAACCUGCCCUUGUACAUGAAUACUGAACUUCAUGGUGUGACCUGCCAAAUACUCGACUCGCCAGUGAAAAAUUAAGGAGCUAGCAUUGUCUUUGUUCUAACGUGAACUAACUGAGUUGCCAGCCAGAAUAAAACAAGGCAUCUGUUACGUGCCCCAUCCCCUUAUAUAAUUGGUACUUGCUCCUGAUCCCAUCACAACUCGGUUGGCUAACCUCGGCCCAGAGAGAGGCUUGACAGCUGUCUUGUGCUGUAUGUGCAGCCUGUGCUGUGAUAGUACACCAAGGAAAAAGCGUGUGCAUGUGUGAGGAACAGAUAGUGUAGUCAGCUGUGAGCAGAUCUGCGCUGCUUGAGGAUCUGAUGAAUUUGCACGUUCUGGCCCAAGUGAAACUUAGACAAAAAGAAAAAAUCUACUGACUUAAUGUUCUGAUGAAGAUAAGAAAAAUUAAGAAGUAAAGUUGCAACUGACACAAGGGGCAGAUGAGAGAAGGGCAACUACAUGAAUUACAAAUGCUUAGACGGUCAACAAAGUUUGUAUUUCUGUUUGUUUUUUCUCUUAUUGUUACAGUGAUGUAACAUUCAUCUGUUGCUACCUCCAUAGGUAGUAGGUAGAAGGAUUUUUCAGAAAUCUUUUUCUGGAACUGUAAGGGUUGUUUAGAAAAUACAGUUCUCUGAGAGGUUGGAGAAACAACUAAGCUCUGCUAAGCACUUUGAUAAAGCAUGGUUUCCUGAGAGAAAGGUCAAAGAAAUAGCUGUUUAUCUUGAGCACUUUUAUAAAGCAUGUUGAUUUUUCCCCAAGCUCUUGCCAUCUGAUAUUAAAACCAGAUAAUGACUGUAGCUUGUUUUUUCUCAGUCCAGAAGAUCCUGAUGGUGUUGAUUGCGAUUGAUUUGAACUUACAGGGUUGGAUUCCGUGUAGCAUUUCUGAGCCUGCUAUGAAGGCUUUUUUUGUGUUGAAAAAUGGAACUGCAACCUCUGCUGCAGGGUUCAGCUCUGUUUAGAGAGAGCAGCAGAUACUUGAACUUGAGUGUUGUGAAAGAAGCUGAGACAAAUGUAUAGGGAAUGCUUGGUUGUUUAUAGAUACACAGAGAUAUGGCAGAGAGCAGGAAACAAUUGUUCUCAUUUGAGUAAGAUCAGAAGUAAUGGCAUUGAGCAAUCACUGGGGAAGUAAAGACCAAACUGGGAACACUUAAGCAAUUAGUUGUUAAGGGAAUUGAGGAUACAGUGGCCAAAAAUAGUCCUGUCUCAGAGCAGGGUAUGUGCAACAGCUGCCAUUCUCUGGCUGGGAUCCCUUCUCUGUAGGUUUGCGACAGGUAACCUAGGGGAGAAAGGCCAAAAGGGAGGGAGCGCUGUCACCUAAUGUCUUGGGUCUUUGCAAAUGGGUAAUCGUGGCUGAUGCUGUGCCUGUGCAGCAGUGACUGCAAAUGCCGUUUGCAUCUGGGUUUAAUCGAAAACACCAACUGGACGACCCUGGAGAGCUCAGUCCCUGACCCAGAACUGGCACAAGCAGGGGAGAGCACUGUCCGUCCCCUGCUCGGCCCUGGCAGUACAGCUCACCCCGCUCUGGGAGCGUGAAGGGACAUGAGCUCAAGGGUGUAUUCAGUGUCUGACCUCUUCUGUGUGCUUGUCAGUGUGAGGGCCGGUUAAUGUUGGCUUUGGACAAAUCGAGAGCUGCAAUUUCGUGUAGGUCUCUUAAAUGCCUGUCAGUUAUUAAUAGCUUGGAACCACCACCUGCCUAGGCUGGGCUGAACUAAUAAUAUAAUGUCUGUUUACCAAUUUUCUGGACCAGUUAGUUAUUGGAGAUGGACAUUUAAGUGAAAUAAUUGACACUUUGUUUUGCAUUAAUCUAGCCUGGUACCCAGAUCCUGUAAUCAGAACUGUAAGAGCAGAUAAUUUUCUGUGCAGAGGGCAGCCACCUCAGACUCUGAGAGUUUCCUGAUGCGAAUCUAAUUGCAGGACUGGAGAACAGAGCUAGCAGAAAGUCUCAGUGACCUGCGGUGACUCCAGUUUUCCCAAGCUCAUUGUGGUGAUACUCCAAAUUCCCAAACGUUAUUGGGAUGAUCUGUACUGUGCGUGCACAGCAAGCAUCUUUCCUGAAGGAAAUCCAGUCACUGAAACUUCCAGACAGCAAUCCCAGCUCUGUAUUGCUCAUAAAAAUGCCUUUUUUUAGACUGGAGCUUUACCAAGUACACCUGGUGAUUCAUUUAUUUACACUGUAUUGAAAUGAACUGAAGUAGGUUUGUCCCUCACACACAAAUGAAGUGAAACAAAACACUGGAUCAUUACCUCGUUCACACUGAGGCACUCGGAGCUUCACGGGUAGAAUAUAGCAGAACGUUACAAAAAGACAAGCAUAAUUUAUAUGAUAUAAAGUAUAUAGAGAUAUAUUUUUAAAAGUCCAUUCCUUUAUUGAAUAGUUUAUUGAAACCAGUGUGUUUCUAGUCCCGCUCCCUCUCACCGCCGCUGCUGCCUGCGGCGUCUCAGCUUCUUCCCUUCAGACAGCAGAACUAUCUGGGCAAGCUUCCCCCCUCGGUCCCCAUCCAUCAUGACGCGAUACCUGAGUUUCCAGCGAUGCCGACAUCCUCUGGCUCACGAAUAGUGGACCUGGAGUGUUUUGGUCGCUUCGUCAGCCCCUGAGCUCGGGGCCAGGCGACACCGCAGGUUACUGCCGCAUUGGCGGGCUGCAGCGUGGCUGUGUGAAAGGCUCCACCGUGGCGGAGGUUUCUUCAGCUGCUGGGGGGGUAUGGCGUCGGGCGGCUGCACCAGUGGAGGGUAUGCUGCGGGCGCUGUUAUCAACGUAAAGGCGACUUGUACAUUGGCCCCUCGCUGCGCCGGCACGGGGGCCUCUCGCUGGUGCGGGGGCUGGCCCUGGGACGUUGUGUAGCCCCAAGCCUGGGUGCCCGCGGCACGUGGACCUGCCCUGGGAAUGGGGGCUCUCUGUGGGGCAGGGCUGCUCACCCUCCCCAGAGGUGUCACUUGUUUCUGGCGCUGGGAGCAGGCAGGGAUUCCUCUCCACGGUUUUGGAGUUCCUCUCACCUGGUUGGGUGGGGGCCUCAGCCCCAGGUACCUCCCCUCCCCAUCAGCGUAGGGAUGUGACCCAGCCACCGUUCUGCCUUUAAGUGACAGAGGAGGACUUGGGCCAAGCAGCGACGGAGCUGAAAUUACUGGACCUGAAUGAAGAAUGUCUCAUUCUGAAGGGCUGGUAAUUCUGCAGCGUCCCACAUGGAGACUGGAAAAUCUGUACGGAGCAUUCAGCUAGUUUUGCCAAUUUUUGUUACUUUAUAUGAAAAUGCAACUUUUUUAAAAGAGCCUUUUCUUAAAAUCUCCUUGAUCUGCUGUGUAGUGCCUGAGCCUGGCUGUUUAACAUCAGUAUUCCCAGAAUUUGUCUGCAGUGACUUAUAGUUCAGGUUGGUGACAGCAAUGCCCCAAACAUAAGACAAAAAUUGGCUUAAUUGCCCUUCUGCAGUUCCAGUAUUAAUGGCAGCAGUUCAAGUGAGUUUAAGCAGAUCCUGUCGCAUUAAAAAACCUGUGUUAAAUCAUUGCUUUCUCUUUUGCCAUUAAUUUUGCACAAUAGUAACUUCUUACUUCACUGGUUUUUAUUCUUUUCUCUGCACUUGAAUGGCUGCUAACAUCUUUGAUUAUCUUUAAAAAGUGUGGGCAUGUGGCAAGCCCACGUUCACUGAAGAACAGCAGUACUUCUGCGCUCUCAAAGUUUACUAUUGCGUGCAUUUCUGUAUCUCUUUUUUUUUUAAGCUAACAAUGAAAUGUAUUUAUUUUAGUUCAGGUUGUGUUUAGAACUGGCUAAUCUCUCCCUCCGAUGGAUUAUUUAUUAAACUGCUGCUUUCCUGUUGUGUUGAA